AUGUCAGAACUCGCAUUCUGCAAAUCAUUUCUCAGCGCACUGGACGCGCGCCCAGCGAAGCUCAGCAGCGACCACAUCGCAGACGCACGACAAUAUCCCGCACAAGGCGCCUACACACUCCCCCGCCUCCCACACCCACCCCACCCACAGCGCCCAAACCCCAAGCCAGUCGCAGGCGACGAUGCCACCACCUCUUCUUCGUCCACGAUCACCGUAACACUCAAGCCCAUGAAGCCGACCACCCCAACCAUUCCUCUCUCCUCCAUCGAUCCCUCGAAAACUUCCGUCUACGACCUCAAGCAACAAUACGCAACACAAGCCUCGUUACAACCAGCCAAGAUAAAGAUUCUUUACAAGAAGAAGCCAGUUACAGAUUCCAAGACACUGCUAGAAGUUAUAGGUACAGAUGCAGGCAGCGAGGUAGAGUUUGGCGUCAUGGUUAUGGCGGGCGCUGCGCUUGGCGGGGCUGCGAGUCCGGCAAGUGGAAGCACGCCAGUGACAAGUCCACCCGCUGUUGCGCCGCCUACGGAAAGUGAGAAGGGGCUUGCUAGUGCGGGUGAGACGCAUGCGGGUACGGCGACUGGGACAGCAGGUGCGACGGCUGGAAGUGGGAAGGAGGUUGUUGCGACAGAAGAGUUCUGGGGCGACCUGAAGAACUUUGUGCUGCAGAGAACCAAGGAUGCGGAAGAGAGCGAAAGGUUGCUGGGCGUCUUUAGGGGCGCAUGGGAGCAGAACAAGUAG